UUGACAACUCUAGUUGCAGGUACUUUUGGAUAUUUGGAUCCAGAGUACUUUCAAACUAGCCAGUUUACGGAUAAAAGUGAUGUUUAUAGUUUUGGGGUUGUCUUGGUUGAACUCAUAACCGGAGAAAAGCCAUUUUCUGUUAUGCGGCCUGAAGAAAACAUGGGGCUUGCAUCUCAUUUCAUUGAGGCCAUGAAACAGAACAGAAUUUUGGAUAUUGUUGAUUCUCGAAUCAAAGAAGAUUGCAAGGCUAUAUAUGUGAUGGCAGUGGCGAAACUGGCCAGAAGGUGUUUAAGUCUAAAAGGGAAGAAACGGCCAAAUAUGAGAGAGGUUUCGAUUGAGCUCGAGAGGAUCCGUUCAUCACCUGAAGAUUUGGAGGUACAUAUCGAAGAGGAGGAAGAAGAAGAAGAAACUGCCAUGGAAAUCAACAUGGAUGAGUCUUGGAGCGUCGACAUGACUGCUCCAGCUUCCCUCUUUGAUUUAUCGCCCAAGUUAGAUGUUGAACCUCUGGUUCCUCAACAAACAUGGUGAUGAUGGCACUGCAAAUGUACAAAAAAAGUAUUGUUCAUUCGUUUGAU